CGGGGCCGCACCCUCUCUCGGCGGAGGCGCCGGCGGACAGCGGCCCAGCCACGCACCGCCCGCGUCCCGCGCACCAACGCCGCAGCCGCCGCGGGAGAACCAGCCCACCCGGCCGGCCGGGUCCGAGGCCGGCAGCCCCGCUGGCAGUCGGGUGGGGACGGCGGCUGCUACGGGUCUGGCGGUGCCCCCUGCGCUGCGAGGAUGGAGCAACCACCCCGGCCGCGGACCGGCGCAAGCUCUCCCACGUGCAGGCUUUGAGGGGGCACCACCGGCUCUGCGGUUGCCCUGCGGACAUCUUCUGCUCUCCGGACCCGAGCUGGGAGAAGGCAGAGCUCAGCGCAGCCCCCUUUUCUGGGCCCUACGCCCUGGCCAGACCCUUCCGGAAGAGACAUCGACUGGCCAGGGCUCCGGAGGAAUCCUGAGUUCGGUCACUCCCAUCGGGGCCCCCCCGGAAGCCGCGAGCUCCCUGUCUCCCCACAGCAAGCUCCAGAGUCCCAGGCAGCGGACAGGGGAUGCCCUCGGAGCAGGCUGGGGUGCACCUGCUGAGCGCAAACUCCACACCCUCCCCGGCCAGGCGUCGAGGGGGAUAGAGCGUUGGCCUCCUCCGAAUUCCCUGGAUAACCGAGGUACCCAAGCAUGGACCGGAAUAAUGAAGAGAUACGUGUAUUAGCUGCAGCCCUUUGAACCACGCAAGAAGGAAAUCAACAGUGUGGACAGGGCUGGAAGCGUUACCACACUCGCUUGUUGGAAUAAAUGAAGAAUGGGCUUGUGAUUAUGCUGACAUCCCAGCAUGAAUCUGGUGGACCUGUGGUUAACUCGUUCCCUCUCCAUGUGUCUCCUCCUACAAAGUUUUGUUCUUAUGAUACUGUGCUUUCAUUCCGCCAGUAUGUGUCCCAAGGGCUGUCUUUGUUCUUCCUCUGGGGGUUUAAAUGUCACCUGUAGCAAUGCAAAUCUCAAGGAAAUACCUAGAGAUCUUCCUCCUGAAACAGUCUUACUGUAUCUGGACUCCAAUCAGAUCACAUCCAUCCCCAAUGAGAUUUUUAAGGACCUCCAUCAACUAAGAGUUCUCAACCUGUCCAAAAAUGGCAUUGAGUUUAUCGAUGAGCAUGCCUUCAAAGGAGUCGCUGAAACUCUGCAGACUCUGGACUUGUCUGACAACCGGAUUCAGAGCGUGCACAAAAACGCUUUCAAUAACCUGAAGGCCAGGGCCAGGAUUGCCAACAACCCCUGGCACUGCGACUGUACGCUCCAGCAAGUUCUGAGGGGCAUGGUGUCCAAUCACGAGACAGCCCACAAUGUGAUCUGCAAGACCUCCGUGCUGGAUGAACACGCCGGGAGACCGUUCCUCAACGCUGCCAAUGACGCUGACCUUUGUAACCUCCCUAAAAAAACGACUGAUUAUGCCAUGCUGGUCACCAUGUUUGGCUGGUUCACCAUGGUGAUCUCGUAUGUGGUGUAUUAUGUGAGGCAAAAUCAGGAAGAUGCGCGAAGACACCUUGAAUACUUGAAAUCCCUGCCAAGCAGGCAAAAGAAAGCCGACGAACCCGACGAUAUUAGUACAGUGGUGUAGUGUCCGAACUGACUGGCAUGGAAAAAGAAAUCUGUUUGGGAUUGCAGUAGAAUAAGUGGUUUACUUCUCUCAUCCAUUGUAAACAUUUGAAACUUUGUAUCUCAGUUUCUUUUGAAUCAUGCCACUGUUGAACUUUUAACAAACAUGACAGCAUAACAAAUCAUUUUCGUUUAGGUGAUCCACCCCUCCGUUGUACUCCUGGUGGCAUAUUCCUGAGUCAGCUACUUCUCUGAACCUUAGUUCUAUCCAUCUCAGUAUUUAAUAAUGAAAUUUAUUUUUUUAAUUUGAAACCAAAUAAAAGCCUAACUU